UUUGAAAAGAACCAUUAAACUUUAAUUACUCUUUUUUUCCCCCAGCUCCAUCAUGACAGAAGCAAAUAUCUUCAUUAUUCAGAGUUUCAUUCUGCUCGCUUUACUUUGCAAAUGUGGUGCUGAAUUUUGCCCUCAUCCUUGUGUUUGUAAAUCCAUAGAACGAAAAGGAAUCAUCUUGAAUUGCAGUUCUUCAAAACUAAAUGCUAUUCCUGAAAUUCCUGCCAACACCAUCAAACUUUAUCUACAGAACAGUAGCCUGACCUCUGUUCCUGCUGGGUCAUUUGACCACUUAAGGCAUCUGCAGGAAGUGGAUCUCUCUGGCAAUCCUUGGAAUUGUGACUGUAAUAUAUUUUAUGUCAAAAUCUGGCUUGAGUCCCAAAAUGUUAUAAACAUGUUGAAUGUGAGAUGUGUAACACCAGCCACACUAUCAGGUUUACCUUUUCAGAACCUUUCUGGAAAUGAAAUUCAAGGCUGUCACACAAGGUGGUCGAUUGAAUGUGAAAAGUUUUUUGUUAGGGAUCUUUAUCUGAUUGGUUUUGCAGUGUUGCUACUGAUUAUGAUGUCCUAUGUGUUCAGGAUGGCCAAAGGACUUGCCUGUCGCGUUACAGUGAGCACGUCACAAGGAAAGCAUUAUAAAGCUUGCACAAAAGACAGUCACAAGUCAAAAUAGUAGAACAUAGAAUGACCCCCAACUAACACAUUGGGCUAUAUUUAUUAUGACAACAGUAGGAUAUUUCUUAAAGCAGCUCUGAUACUUUGCAGGUCUUGAUUUUAAAUUAGUCAAUCAUUUUUGUCCCCCUUUUGUCAUUUUUUGAAAUUCAGUGUUUUUUAGUUAUACAUAUAAAAAGUAGGGACUUCAUUUUCUAAUGGGGUGUGUGAUCAUUGGUAAAUGUUGGCAAUUCUCACAAGAAUAAUAACAUCUAUUUCUCUCUUUACCAUCACAAAAUAAUAGCUAACAAUGAUAUAUAAAGUAACAGUUAAAAUUAUAUUCUCAAACGGGACAAAAAUUUUGUUUUGUAAUUUGAAGUUAAUUGGUAUUGUUUUCUUGUUAAAUGUAUAUUAUAUAUAAUUGCAAUUAUACAUAUUGUUUGAUAAUUUUACCAUGGUUUUUCCUUUUUUUUUUUUACCAAUGGUAAAAGUCAGGCAAGUUGGAUGUUAAUAGUCUUUUUUGUUCUUAUGUGUCUUCAUGAUCUACCCUUUAAAUAUAUAGUAGC